UUAAGUGCGAGGCAAAACAGUAAAGUAUGACGGCGGCACGAGUUUGCUUGCAAUGGACCGUGGUCGUCUUUAAUGUCUUGACUUUGAUAAUCGGUGGACUUGCCGUCGCGGCAGCUGUCUACGAAUAUCUAUAUUUCAGCGAGGGCUCUGUCGGGCACAUAGAUAAAUGGCUGCAGCUGGGCGUGGCCGGGGCACUUAUCUUGAGCGCCCUAAUUGGCUGCACAGGCGCAUCUGUGGCAUCAAUUAAAGUGCUGGUGCUGUAUAUUAUCUUGCUACUGGUGAUGAUUUGCGCUCACAUUUGGAAGUUGGCGCACUACAGUGAGUCAAAACAGUUGGCAGCCACUGAGGUGUAUGUGAUCGCCACCUGGAUGCAGGAACUGGAGAGGCCAGGCGCCAUGAAUCAGAUGCAGCAAGAGUAUGAAUGCUGCGGAGACAAGCGCUUCACGGACUACACAAGUUUGGGCUUAAAGGUGCCGAAAAGCUGUUUCCACACCGAAGAUGGACUGCACGCCCUCUAUCCCUAUACGGAGGGCUGCAUGGUGGCCGUCAAGCGGGUCUACCUACAAAUCUAUCGAUACGAAAAGUGGGUGCACUGUGGAUUAAUGGCAUACGAGAUUCUGGGCAUUGUCUUGGCAAUAACGCUGUGCUGUCAAUUGACAAACAAGACACGUCGCUAUAAUUAUUAGAUUUACUAGAUUUCCAUUGUUGUUAAGUGAC